UAUUAAUUGUGUAAGUUUCAAAAAUUAUGUCAGUAAAGCGAUAACAUAGAAUAUAUUGAUAUUUGGCAGGCAAUAGCAAUUUUGAGCCGAAUAUCUAAAUAGUGUAAUUUACAAUUAAAUUUCCUGCGUCAAAGCACUUAAUCUCUAACUAAAAAUUUAACUAUGGGAGAUGCCGAGAAAGGUAAGAAAAUCUUUGUUCAAAAGUGUGCUCAGUGUCAUUCAAUAGAGAGUGGAGCCAAGCAUAAGGUUGGGCCCAACUUAUAUGGUGUUAUGGGACGCAGGAGUGGUACUGCUUCUGGUUAUAAAUAUACUGAAGCCAACCAGAAAAAAGGCGUCACUUGGAAUGAUUCAACUUUGUUUGAUUACUUAGCAGAUCCUAAGAAAUAUAUUCCGGGAACAAAGAUGGUAUUUGCUGGCUUGAAAAAACCUGAAGACCGUAAGGACCUAAUUGCCUUUCUCAAAACUCGCAAAUAAGUUUCGUUUAGUUCUAAUAAGAAACAACAACAACAUAGUAUUGAAAUUUAUUUAAAUUUCAAUAAACAAACUUUCAU